UAUUGAAGCACUAGAUCGCACUGCCGCGGCACGGAAACGUUUGAUUGUACGAAGGAAUGCCGGAAUCCAGGAGCUGAACAGCAUUAUCAGAAUACUCAUUAUAGUAUCGGUGAUGGAAAUAGCAAAGGAUCUGCAUAAUGAUGUGGACCUAGAAAACAUAUCCAAGAUUAAUGAAAGCAUGGAAAAUCAUUAUAAAAUGAAGAACAAAAGUAAAAUUGCAUCAGAAGCCGAAGAAAUAUAUCUUACUGGAGAUAGUGACAAUGACAGCGGCUUCUUGGGUGCGUCCACCGGUUCCUUAGAGUGUUUGGAGGAAACCUCAGAACCAGAAGCAAUAAGCCAAGAUGAUGAUUACUUUGAGAUUCAGGAUGAUUUCGAUCUAAAUACUGAAGAGGACAUUAGCAAAAAACUUGAAUGUCCUAUGAAGUCGUGCAUGACUGAAAAAGACAAUAUCGCCAUACAGGACUUUGAGUCCGCGGUAAAGAUUGUUCUUGGUAAAAUCGAAUUUCCUAAGGAUUAUGAAUACCUAACAAUAUCCGCCAAGUACGAAUGGCUGAAGGAAACACUUGAAAAAUCCUGUAGGAUACUACCCCAUGACCUGUUACAAUCAUUAUCAGGAUUUCUUCUACCUGGCGAUUGCGGACGAGCUAAGACUGACCGGCCAUCUUGGUUGGACAUGGACAAAUUUCUUAGAGGACAAAAAUUCGCCCAAGAUCAUCUGUUUGGCGUUUACUUUGCAGAACUUUUAUCACUCUUUGCUUUGUUCUCUUUUCGCGAUGGACUCAAGCCGAUGAUUGUCACUGGAAAAUCCAGUACGCCUUACACGGCAUUUAGAAGAUACCUUUCAACGGGAGUGCGCAUCAGAAACUGGUAUACAGAGGAUCCUUGGUUAAAAGGUACGGCCGCUUACAAGGACAUUCAGACAGUAAGGAGAAUGCACAGUGCCGUAAGACAAAGACUCUGGAAAAUAAAUAAGGAAGAUAUCAAUGAAGAGGCUAACGUCCCAAACGCCUGGUGUCCAACUAAGGAUAUCUUACUGGAAGAUUUCCGCUCCUCCUGUCCGGUACCAUCUCCUGGACAGUGUUUCUGGCAACAUUGUGAUGCAUCAUCCAUUCAAUUCAAAGGACUCAAUCAGAGUGAUAUGUCGGCCACGCAGUUUGGAUUCGUAGGACUCAUUAUACUUCAUCCAGUAUCCUUUGGUGUUCAUUACGCCACCGAUGAAGAUCUCGAAGCCUUUUGUCAUGUCUGGAGAGGAAUUGGCUAUCUUUUGGGUAUACAAGAUGAAUACAACUUCUGUCGUGGCUCUUUGGAUGAAAUCAGACAACGUUCUCGCGACUUUAUCAACUUCUGGGUGAAGCCUAAUCUGCGCGAAAUUAAUCCAGAAUGGGAACACAUGCUUAGGUGUAUCCUAGCAGGACUUCAGUACUAUUUUCCGGGCAGUUCAUACGAAACCGCCUUGAUGUAUUUUACGGAACUUAUUGAAGUUCCCAUGCCGAGACUCUACAACUCAAUGUCCUACAUGGAAUGGAUAAAACAUAACUUGAACAAGUCUCUAUUUUACUUCAUGUCAAGAAUAACUGCUGUAAGGCAAUUGAUGAACAAGAGGCUCAAUGAUGCACUUGAUAAGGCUGUGAAUUAUGAUUCUGAAAGGCACGAAGCACUUAAGAAAUUGUCAGAAAUUACAUUGGAACGUGUUGCAGCACAUUUGUAGUUCUAUGCCAAAUGUAAUCACGAUGUUUGUCCUCUUUCUCUUGCGCAACGAGAAGAUGCGCACAGAUUAAAGAAAAUGAAGUUAAUGAGACAUAACGUUUAGUGUAGUAACUGCACUAAAGUUGAAACUGUUGAUCAGAAAAAUUUGUAUGGCAGAGUGCAUUGGCUGGCUAUAUCGUUAUUAAUUUUGUUAGCUUUAUUAAUUAGUAAUAAAUACCUACACAGUGACCUAUAAUAAUAAGUAGUACGUUGUAAUGAUCGUGAGGUUGUGAUAUAAAGUAUAAUAAUUAUAUUACAUAUAGAAUAUUUUUACAACUAAAUAGCACGAUAACAAAAAGCAAGAGCACAGCAACUUUUUCUCCCGUGUCAAUGCAAGAUGAAAAUUCUAUAUAAUAAAGCAAGUCAUCAACGAGAUAAACAAA